AUGUCUGGGCCCGUCGCUGAUCUGGGCCUCAUCGGCCUUGCUGUCAUGGGACAGAACCUCAUCUUGAACAUGGCCGACCACGGUUUCACCAUUUGCGCUUUCAACCGAACCGUCUCCAAAGUCGACCAUUUCUUGGCCAAUGAGGCCAAGGGCAAGUCUAUUGUCGGUGCCCAAUCUGUCGAGGAAUUCAUCGGCAAGCUCAAGUCCCCUCGACGGGUUAUGCUUCUCGUUCAGGCUGGCAAGCCCGUCGAUGAAUGGAUCGAGAAGCUCCUGCCUUUGCUGGAGAAGGGCGACAUCAUCAUUGACGGCGGCAACUCUCACUUCCCCGACUCCAACCGCCGCACCAGGUACCUUGCCGGCAAGGGCAUCCGAUUUGUCGGCUCCGGAGUUUCCGGUGGCGAGGAGGGCGCGCGAUACGGACCUUCUCUGAUGCCCGGCGGCAAUGAGGAAGCCUGGCCUCACAUCAAGGACAUCUUCCAGAGCAUCGCUGCCAAGAGCGACGGCGAGGCUUGCUGUGAGUGGGUCGGCGAUGAGGGUGCUGGCCACUACGUAAAGAUGGUCCACAACGGAAUCGAAUACGGCGACAUGCAGCUGAUUUGCGAGGCGUACGACAUCAUGAAGCGUGCUCUUGGCCUCUCCAACAAGGAGAUUGGCGACGUCCUUGCCAAGUGGAACAAGGGUGUCCUGGACUCCUUCCUGAUUGAGAUUACUCGCGACAUCAUGUACUUUAAUGAUGAUGACGGCAAACCGCUCGUCGAGAAGAUUCUUGACCAGGCUGGCCAGAAGGGCACGGGCAAGUGGACGGCCGUCAAUGCGUUGGACUUGGGCAUGCCCGUCACUCUGAUUGCCGAAGCCGUCUUGGCUCGGUGUCUGUCGGGCAUCAAACCCGAGCGUGUUGAAGCAUCCUCCAAGCUCCAAUAUGUCUCCCGCGGCAGCGGCAAGUUUGAGGGCAACAAGGAACAGUUCCUCGAGGAUCUGGAGCAGGCUCUAUACGCCUCCAAGAUAAUCUCUUACGCCCAGGGUUUUAUGCUUAUGCAGGAGGCCGCCAAAGAGUUUGGCUGGAAGCUGAACAAGCCUUCCAUCGCCCUCAUGUGGCGUGGUGGCUGCAUCAUCCGAUCCGUCUUCUUGAAAGACAUCACGGCCGCGUACCGCAAGGAUCCCGAGCUUCGCAACCUGCUCUUUGACGAUUUCUUCAACAAGGCCAUCCAUGCUGCUCAGCCUGGCUGGAGAGACGUCGUGUCCAAGGCUGCCGAGCUUGGUAUCCCCACUCCCGCUUUUUCCACUGCCCUGUCGUGGUUCGACGGUUACCGCACCAAGGACCUGCCCGCCAAUCUGCUGCAGGCUCAGCGUGACUAUUUCGGGGCUCAUACUUUCCGCAUCAAGCCCGAGUUCGCCAGCAGCAAGCACCCCGAGGGCAAGGACAUUCAUGUCAACUGGACGGGCCGUGGUGGCAACGUUUCUGCGUCUACGUACCAGGCAUAA